AGUUUCAUUUCUAGAGCUCCAGAAACCUCCGCAGAGACCAGCCUAGUCUGCUGCUAUUCAUUUCCAAACCCCAUCCUAAUCCUGGCCAGUGCAGGCUCCAGAAUGGAGCUGCGACCCUACCAGUGGGAAGUGAUCUUACCUGCUCUGGAGGGCAAGAAUAUCAUUAUAUGGCUGCCCACGGGUGCUGGGAAGACCCGGGCAGCUGCCUUUGUAGCCAAGAGGCAUCUAGAGACGGUAGACAGAGGCAAGGUGGUGGUACUGGUCAAUAGGGUACACCUGGUGAGCCAGCACGCCGAGGAGUUCAGGCGCAUGCUGGAUAAACACUGGACUGUAACAACCCUGAGUGGGGACAUGGGAUCCCGAGCUGGCUUUGGCCUGAUGGCUCGGAGCCACGACCUGCUCAUCUGUACGGCAGAGUUGUUACAGUUGGCACUCAACAGCUCUGAGGAGGAUGAACACGUAGAGCUCAGAGAAUUCUCGCUGAUUGUGGUGGACGAGUGUCACCACACCCACAAGGACACCGUCUACAACACCAUCUUGAGCCGGUACCUAGAACAGAAGCUGAAGAAGGCAGAGCCCCUCCCCCAGGUCCUGGGUCUCACAGCCUCCCCAGGCACUGGAGGGGCCACCAAGCUCCAAGGGGCCAUUGAUCACAUCCUACAGCUUUGUGCGAAUUUGGAUACGUGCCACAUCAUGUCGCCAAAGAAUUGCUACUCCCAGCUGCUGAUGCAUAACCCAAAGCCCUGCAAGCAGUAUGACCUCUGCCAAAGGCGCGCACAGGAUCCUUUUGGGGACUUGAUAAAAAAGCUUAUGAACCAAAUCCACCAACAACUAGAGAUGCCUGACUUGAAGCAACAAUUUGGAACCCAGAUGUAUGAGCAGCAAGUGGUACAGUUGUGCAAGGAUGCGGCAGAGGCUGGACUCCAGGAACAGCGGGUGUAUGCGCUGCAUUUGCGGCGCUACAAUGAUGCGCUAUUUAUCCACGAUACUGUCCGUGCCCGGGACGCCCUUGACAUGUUGCAAGAUUUUUACGACAGAGAACGCACCACAAAAACACAGAUGGUGCGUGCUGAAAGCUGGCUGCUGAAGCUGUUUGAUGACCAUAAAAAUGUGCUGGGCCAGCUAGCAGCUCGGGGUCCUGAGAACCCGAAGUUGGAGAUGCUGGAAAGGAUCUUACUGAAGCAGUUUGGGAGUCCUGGCCACACUCGGGGUAUCAUCUUCACCAGAACCCGUCAGACUGCUUCCUCCCUCCUGCUCUGGCUUCGGCAGCAGCCUUGCCUACAGACUGUGGGCAUCAAGCCGCAGAUGCUGAUCGGAGCAGGGAACACAAGCCAGAGCACACACAUGACCCAGAAAGACCAGCAGGAAGUGAUCCAGGAGUUCAGGGAUGGUAUCCUGAGCCUUCUAGUGGCCACAAGUGUGGCAGAGGAGGGGCUGGAUAUCGCUCAGUGCAAUGUGGUGGUGCGCUAUGGGCUCCUGACCAAUGAGAUCUCCAUGGUCCAGGCCCGGGGUCGUGCUCGAGCUGGUCAGAGUGUGUACUCCUUCCUGGCUACAGAGGGCAGUCGGGAGAUGAAGCGGGAGCUAACCAAUGAGGCUCUGGAGGUGCUGAUGGAGAAGGCUGUGGCUGCUGUACAGAAGAUGGACCCUGAUGAGUUCAAGGCCAAGAUCCGGGACUUGCAGCAAGCAUCUCUAGUUAAGCGGGCAGCACGCGCGGCCCAUCGGGAGAUCCAGCAGGGGCAGUUCCUACCGGAGCACGUGCAACUUCUCUGCAUCAACUGUAUGGUGGCCGUGGGCUACGGGAGUGACCUGCGGAAAGUGGAGGGCACCCACCACGUCAAUGUGAACCCCAACUUCUCGGUCUACUAUACCACCUCCCAGAACCCUGUGGUCAUUAACAAGGUCUUUAAGGACUGGAGACCUGGAGGAACCAUCAGGUGCAGUAACUGUGGGGAGGUCUGGGGCUUCCAGAUGAUCUACAAAUCAGUGACCUUGCCAGUGCUCAAAAUCGGAAGCAUACUACUGGAAACACCUCGAGGGAAGAUCCAGGCCAAAAAGUGGUCCCGGGUGCCUUUCUCCAUACCAGUCUUCGAUAUCCUGCAGGACUGCACACAAAGCCUGUCUGAGCUCUCCCUGGACUGACCCCCUUGUGACUGCAGUACCUAGGUCAAACUGCAGGGGGCAGGAGAGUCCAGCAAGCCAUCCUCCUUCCCCUGGCUAGCACUCUGGUCAGGGUACCCCUUUAUUCUGCUGCAGAGAUCUUAAACACAUUGGAUGGAGUUGGAAGAUGAACGCAGGAGAAUUAUUAUGCCAUGAUGUUCUAAGAACUACAACAUCCCUCCCUUGCCCAAGCACCUUGUAGGUUUUGUUUUUGUUUUUGAGGCUCUUCAUAAAUUAAAGGUGUAGUAGAGAAUA